AUGCAGUUCACCAUCAUCAUCAAGUAUCUUACCGCCAUGGCCUUUAUUGCUGCCCCAGCAUUGGCUGCCGAGGCCGCCGGCCAUAAGCUUCAAGCCCGAGAGAGCCCAGCUUCCUCCGUCCCGGCGGUUGCGGUGCUUACCACGCCGGCUGCGUUGCCUGCGGCGGCAUUGGAUCCGGCUGCUCAUGUUAAAAGAACCAGGGCUGUUGCAAAUUUACGCAGUCCGGGACUCUGGCUAUAA